AUGUGGAGAAACAUCAUCAAACUCGGUUUGUCUUCUGUCGCGGCGGCUCGUCCUCACAACCGGCUGCUCCACGUCGGACAGCGAGCUUCCCUCACCAAAACGUUCUCCUUUCGCCACGUCGAGCUAUUCGCCGAGCUCACAGGCGACACCAACCCGCUGCAUGUGGACCCAGCAUACGCCAGCACCACCUCCUUUGAGACGCCCAUUGUGCACGGCGUCCUCAUCAACGGGCUGAUCUCGGCCGUGCUCGGCACCAAGAUGCCCGGCCCCGGCUGCGUCUUCCUGCACCAGGAGAUCCGCUUCCUGGCACCACUUUACGUUGGAGAGGAGGUGCUGGCAGAAGCAGAGGUGUUCAAAAUCAAGAUGUCGUUCGCCUUCAUCUCUGUGAGGUGCUCUGCUAAGGACAAAGUGGUGAUGGAGGGGGAGGUCAUGGUGAUGAUGCCUGUGGAGCAACAGCAUCAGGGAAAGUGA